AUGAUGUCUAAAGCUGGAGCGGAUGAGCCUAUCGAAGAACAUACAACGGAAGAUGCCGAUGCAAAUGAUUUGCUAGAAACAACUGAAGAACUAAAAGAUGCAAAUGUUGAAUGCGAGGAAAAUGAAUGGAACAAUGAAAGUAUUUUGGGAAAGGUGUUCGAUACACACAAGGAUGCGUAUAAUUUUUAUAAUGAUUAUUCAUUUGUACAUGGAUUUGGUAUACGUGUCCAUCACAAAUAUAAAAAUAAGGAAACAAAUGAACCUUUUCGGAAGAUAUAUGUGUGCAACAAAGAAGGUUUCAAAAGAAGGAAUGAUAAUACUUCAAAUGGAAAUGAAAAAAAACGUCGUAGAGAUGUAAGAACCGGUUGUAAGGCAAUGUUUCGUAUUACAAAAAAUAAAGAAGGGAAAUGGUUUGUGGACAUGUUUAACGACACACACAAUCACGACUUGAGCAUGACACCAACGAAGGUGAUGAAGCAUAGAUCUCAUAGUAAGAUCCAUCGUUCAAUGGAAUGCAAAUCUCUUAUUGUGGAACUAGGUCAAGCAGGAUUAAAGCCAUCUCAAGUUAAGAAAGCUAUUAAUGCAAUGAAAACUUCAAAUGAAGCUGAUGUUACUUCAAAACAAUGUGCUGAUGUCUUAUCUGAGCAACGAAAACAUUGUAGAGGAAAGGAGUUUUAUGGAGUUAUAAAACAUUUCCAAGACAAAUCAUUAGUGGUUAAUGACCAAUAUUUUUCGGUGGAUUUGUAUGAUGAUGGGAGCCCUAGGAAUAUUUUUUGGGCUGAUGGAAGAUCAAGAGACGCCUAUACUAAAUUUGGAGAUGUUGUUGUGUUCGAUGUAACUUACAUGACGAACAAAUUUAAGAUGCCCUUUGCUCCUUUUAUUGGUGUGAAUCAUCACGCACAAUCUAUUCUAUUUGGUGGAGCAUUGCUAGAAAAUGAAAAGGAAGACACUUUCGAAUGGUUAUUUGAGCAUUUCCUAAAAUGUAUGUUUGACAAACAUCCGAAGGCAAUUAUUACUGAUCAAGACAAAGCUAUAGGUAAUGCAAUAAGAAAAGUGUUACAUCGUUUUUGUUCAUGGCAUAUUAAGAAGCACGAAUUGGAACACCUUCGACCAUAUGUUGCCCGUUAUAGUGAUUUUCAAGAAUCAUAUAAAGAAUGGGUAAAAAGUGAUACAGUUGAAGAAUUUGAAAGUAGGUGGGAAGUUAUACGUGGUAAAUAUAAUUUAGAAACUAACAGUUGGGUAAGUGAAAUGUAUAACCAAAGAAAACAUUGGGCUAAAGCCUUCUUAAAGGAUGUUUUCUUCGCUGGUAUGACAACAAGUGGACGGAGUGAGAGUAUUCAUUCUUUUUUUGAUGGAUAUGUUAAUUCAAGGACUAUGUUGAAUGAAUUUGUCAUACAAUAUGAUAAAGCAGUUGAGUCUCGUAGGUCUGCUGAAGAAGAUGAAGACUUCAAGACUAUGAACUCGAGAGCUGUUCUUUCAUCUGUGCAUCCAAUCGAAGCAAAAGCAGGUGAGUGUUAUACUAGAAAAGUUUUUGAGAUUUUCAAAAAAGAAUGGAAGGAGGCCACUAGCAAUUUAAGUCAUGAGACUUUAAGCAAAACUACUGAAGAAAUCAAAUAUCGAGUUGGGCAACUGGACAUUGAUAAAAGAUAUUGGCGAAUUGUUAGCUUUCGUUCUUUGAAUCAAGUAAAUGUCGCCUGUUCGUGUGGUAAGUUUGAGAGAUGUGGGAUUUUAUGCAAGCAUAGCCUAUAUGUGAUGAAGAAGAGACUUGUUGAAACACUUCCGAUUCACUAUAUUUUAUCUCGAUGGACCAUUAAUGCCAGGUACAAGGUGGGUAAUCGUUGCAUCGGACUAGAGGAUAAGGAUAAUAAAAAUGGAGUUAGUGCCUUAACUUUGUGGUGUGUUCGUUCAAAUUUUACUAAAUUAAUUGAACAAGCAAGAGACUCCCCGUCAGAGAUUCAAAAACUCAAUACUUUACUUAUUAGUCUUUUAGAUGAUCAAGCGAUUAGAAAAAAAACUAAUGUUUUUGAAAAUGUAUCUCAAAGUUCUUGCAUGGGAAUUUCACAAGUCGAUAUGAUCCCUCAGUUAUCUGUCCGGGAUCCUUUUGGUCCAACUACAACCAAAGGGCGUCCUAAAAAUGCAAGCAGACUUAAGUCUUGUUUAGAAGUGCCGAAAAAACGAACAUGCUCUUAUUGCCAGGGAUUGGGCCAUUAUGCCACUAGUUGUUCAAAAAGAAAGGUCGAUGAAUCGCUUCAAGAGAAACAGUGA